AUGAAUAAUGAUGAUUGGUGGCAUCCUAUUUCAAACCAUGCAAGUAGUAAUAAUGAUACUAAUGUACAGUGUCCAAUAGAUAUGCAUAUAUUUGACCAGAAAUGGCUAUCUAUCGAACAUGUCCAAUCAUCGAAUAAUGAUAAUAAUAAUUUAAAUGUGUUAGCAAAUUUUCAAUUAAAGAACACUACAAGUACUGCUGCUUUUUUUGAUGAAAAACAUAUGAUACAUACUACUAAUAUUAAUAAUGAUAGUAAUAUUAUGCCACCAAAUAUUCAUUUAACAUCAUUAUUAAAACUGAACAACAACGAACCUCCUCAUGUCUCAUCAUCAGUUAUACUUAAUUCUUCAUCACUGUCAUCUUCACCACCACUGUCAUCCUCCUCUUGGUCAACACAACAACGAAAACAAGCUCAUAAAUCUAAUUUUCACCGUCCAAUACCUCAACCUUUACAAUUAAUUAAUGAACCGAAUUAUCAAACACAACUUGGUAUUAGCAGUCAAUAUUCACCAAUUACACCUGCACCAAUGAAUAUGUCUAUGCACACAUUAACAACAGAAUGUGGAGGACCUACUACCACUACUAUCUCAUCGUCAUCGGUAAACAUAACAACAAUAACCAACUGUAUUAAUGUUGAUUCAAAUCUAUUUAUUGCUGAACAUCAACAUCGUCCAAUAAAUAAUAAUGUUGAAUGCGACAAUUCUCACAAGUCUUCAUCGUCUAUAUGUUGUUUCGAUGCUAAUCGAUUAGGUUUGGGAAAUUUUCCCGAUUCAUUAUUAUUUCCUUCAAUGUAUAAUAAUAAUAGUGGUAAUCUAAUUGUUACUGAUAAUACUAAUACUAAUAAUAAUUUUGUAGGAAAAAUGUUUUCUCAUAUUGAUUCAUUCAAUGUUAAUAAUAACAGUAUAAAACCAUCGGAUAUUUCUAUGAUUCCAUCAAUGAAUCAUACAUUAUUAAAUCAUGAUCGUUUAUUGAAUAUAACAACACAGAAAAGAAAUUUAUCAAAACAUCAACAUUAUCAACAACAACAACAAAUGAAUAGUCAACAACAACAACAUCAUCAUCAUCAAUAUCAACAAUUGCAUGACCAACUUAAUAAUAGUAAUUGUCAUGAUAAAUUAUAUGAAUCGAAAGGUAAUUGUACCGUUUGUUAUUCACAACAUCAUAUUUAUCAUCAAGUACAACAACAACAACAACAAAAACAACAUUCAGAACCGAAACAAUUGAUUGAUCAUAUUGAACAACAUCAAAAUCCAUUAAAUAUUUGUCUUUUACCAUCAACAACAACAUCAUCAUCAUCAGUUCAGUCAUUACAAUUAAACAUUCCACCGUCAAGUUCAUCAUAUUACCCUAAUCGUCAUCAAUAUCAUGAACAAAGAAAUGGUAAUGAUCAUUUCAAUAAUAAUAAUAAUACAAAUUGUCGACCGAAUACAGAACCAUCGUCACAUACUUGUUCUCAAUAUUCAUAUUAUCAACCUGUCGUAAACUCAUUAGGAAGCAUGGAUUUUACACGUCAAUCUACACAUGAAUUUAUUAAUACUUCUACAGUGCAUAAUAACGAUAGUAUUUUUAUACCUUCCUCAUGCAUUUCAUCACUGAAUCCAAAUUGUUGUUCUGUAAUGAAUAUGACAUUAUCAUCGUGUUGUAAUUCAUCAGCUAAAACAGUAGCUACAACAACUUCUCCACUGUCUAUUGCAGCAUCUUCAAAUUUCAUUCAUGCAAUAAGUGCAACUAAUAUUACUCAUGGUUGUAGUAGUAAUCAGUACUCAUUAUCAGUGAAUGGAAAUAAUUGUUUUAAUUUAAACCGAAAUCGAUUACAGUAUAAACAACCGCUCCUUGGACCACCACUGUCGUCCACACUGCAUCUUGGACAAGAACACCUUUAUUCUAUUCCACCGCCACCACAUCAUCAUCAUCACUACCACCAUCAUCAACAACAACCAACAAAGUAUCCAAUAAUGUCAUCCACCUCAUCCUCGUCGAAUCAUGGGAUUUAUUCUUGUUUGGAUAAAAUUGACAAUUGUCGCUUUUUCAAUGGGUCCGAAUUAUUAUUGCACAAUCAACUUAAUCAUAUGAAUGGUUCUAUACGAAGUCAUCACAAUAAUAUAAGUAAUAAUAAUACUAAAAAUAAUGUUAAUAAUAACGAUCAUAAUUACAAACAUUUAUUCCGUUGUAAUGAACAACCGGAUUCAUUUACAAAACAUACAUCUAGAAGUCAUUGCUGUUUAACCUGUUUAGAACUAGAAAGGAAACGACAUAUUUCUGCACCAGCAGUUAAUAGUAUUUCAUCACAAUCCUCUUGGCCAUCAUUAUCGUUAUCGUCCUCAUCAUCUUCAUUAUCUGUACCAUUAUCAUUAUCGUCCCAUAAUUCAUCAAUUUCACCGUUAACCUGUCCUGGCAAUCCACAGUCCCAUUUGCAACCAUCAGCUUUAGCGAGCCAUAAAAAUGAAUUUGUGAAUAAAUCUUAUUCCUGUCUACCGGAAUAUCAUAAUCAUCAUUAUCGUGUUCAUCAUCAUUAUCAUCAUCGCGGUCAUUAUUGCAAAGGUACUAGUUCCAGUGAAGGAGUUGUUGGUGACCAACCAUCAAGUGAUGUCGUUGCCGAAUUGUUAAUGCAAAGCCAUAUUACCGAUCCAGAUGGAUUAUCAUCGUUAACAUGUGAUAUACAUAAUUCUUGUCCAACAACACCAGAACUGUCUUUAACUCCUAUCCCAUCACCAGCACUAACACAACCACCACCACUGCCGUCGCAACACCAAAAACCUUUAUUAGUAGCAAGAUCUACAGCAGAAACAGUCGACCAGUCAUUCUCUAUUUUAGAAGAUGAAUGUUUAUACCGACCAAUAAAUAUUAUGAACAACAUGUCAAGUAUAUUUCCAACUAAUAAAAUGACAUGUAUUCCAUCAUCGUCAUCAUCAUUUCUAGUGCCAUCAUUAUCACCGGCAACAUCACCAGUAUUACCAGAUUUGAGUAUUGAACAACAUCAACAACAGCACUUUUCGAAAGUAGCAACUCAUCAUCAUCAUCAUCAUCAUGAACAACAACAUCAAAAAUUGCCUAUCAGUUUACAUCUUCCAAUUACUUCUUCAUAUUCAGUGUCCAAUUUAAAUCAGUCCGAGUUAUUGGACCUGACUGUACCACCAUCGAUUACACAAAAUAAUAUUGUCAACUGUGAUGAUCACGAUGAAAUGAUCAAAAAAACAACAAAUCAGACAACAUCCAAUAAUAAUAAGUAUCCUUGCGAUUCAGGAAAUGAUUCGGUUGCAGCAAAACUUUCCAAAUCAUUAGCUGAAGAUAAUUUAUUCCGUAAUCCAACAGCACUACCGCCACCGAAAAAGAUGAAAAGUAAACCAGCGCCUAUUUCAAUUCCCCCACAAACCGGUGCAAAUUUGUCAAGAUUACGUUCUCCACGUGUAUGGAGUUCAAAACGAUCUUCGCUUAAUUCUAGUCCUCCACCAUAUACACCACCUCCAAUGCUUAGUCCAAUCCGUCAAGGUUCCGGUUUGUUUUCUUCAUUAUCGCGAUGGGUGCCAACUCCAACAACAGUAUCAGGAGGAGGAGCGUCAGUGACGACGUCGACAGGAACUCGUUCUGUCGGGAGCGGUACACUGAUGAAUCGUCGAUUCUCAAGUUAUUAUUCAUCGAUCUCCCAUCAUAAUGAUUCAGAAAUUACUACUAUUCCUAAUACUUCUACUAUGUGUGCAACUGGCAGUGGGGUCAAUAGUGGUGGUCAGUUGAAACGACGUCAUGCAAGUAGCAGUGGUACUAGGAAUUCUGGUAAUAAUAUAUUUACUGACCCUACUAAUACUACUACUAAUAAUAAUAGUUAUGACAAUAACAACGUAAAUACAGGUUCAAUCACUGACUUGUAUAUGCGUGAUGUAAAUCGACCAAUAGCCUAUACACGUAGACGACGUCAACAACUCACACCAAAGUCCGCUCCUGUGUUAAUUCUUAACUGUAAUACGACAAAAAAUUCGGCAAAUCAAUCAAGAGAUCUUCAAGACAAUGAGUUAUCACUUCAAUCUCAACAACAAUUCUCUAACACUGAUACCGUAUUUGGUUAUGAUGAUGAGACUAUGCGCCGUUUUGCGGAAGCCGAUGAAGCUUACCGGUUAAAUAGACAAAAACAUCAAGAUAAACGUUAUUCACGUCGUCGAUAUGAUACUGAGAUAAAUGCAUCUAAUGAUCAAAUCAAUCACCAUACUACCACUACUCCUACCGAUGAUGAUAAUAAUAACAAUAGUAAUGAAUCAAUUCUUAAUAAAACUGAUCACAGUUUCAACUUUGCUGAUGAACAGUUGUUAAAUUUUGAUUUCGAAAUGAAAAUUAAAGAGACAAACUAUUCUGAAACAACAAUACAAUUUAAUAGCGAUGUUGAAUUAGACUCGGAGCAUGAAAUGGAGGAUGAAGAGGAUGAUGACGAUGAAGAAGGUGUUCCAACUAGUAUUAUUCCGCAUAUCAAUGUUGGUCACGCUUAUCAAGCAGAAAUUCCUGAUUUUUGUCAAGAAAUUACAUCAGAUGAAACCAACAAAGAAUCACCAUCCAACUGGGAAAUGUUACUCUGGUAUCCAGCUUAUCUUGAUGAACAUGAUCCUAAGAAUAUAGAGUCAUUAAAUUUACUGACAAAAAUUGCCUGUUCACCAGCUGUACGUAAUUGUGGAUUAAAUAUGGAAUAUACAUUUCAUUUAUUAUGUAAAUAUAAAGGUGAUGUAGAAAUGACAUUACAUGCUUUAUUACGUGAUACAUUAGUUGUGUAUGAUUAUGUUUAUGCUGAAACUACAGCUUGGACAACUGAAGAGAUUGUACGCUUUCAGCAAGGUUUAGCUAUGCAUGGAAGAGAUUUUCAUCAAGUUUCAAAGGAUUUACAAGCAGCUGGAAUGAAUAAAACAGUUAAAGCAUGUGUAGAAUUCUAUUAUGUAUGGAAACGAAUGAAUACACCAUCUGAUGUUAAAUGGUAUAGAGAAAGAGCACGACGUCAACGUCCACUUGCUCGUAUGGAACCGAUAAUCACAGAAGAACCAUUAUCGGAACAAUUUGAAGCUAUUGAACAAUGUAAUACAUAUACAACAGAUAUGAAUUCAAUACAAACAUUAGACAAUAAUAUUAUUAAUAAUAAUAAUUCAGUUAAUGUGCCUUAUAAUUUACGUCGUAAACAACAACAAACAACAAUAUCAGUUCAACCACCACCAUCGUCAUUAUCAACAAACUUGAAAUCAGAUUAUCAAUUGACUACUAAAGUGAAUACCAACGAUAUUGUUGUGAAUAAUGAUAACAGUAAUUCCUUGGAAAAUUCCUAUGAUGAUUUUAUGGAUAUUGUUUUCAAUGAAUCUUUCCCCAUUUAUUAG